GCUAAUUGAGAGAACUUUAUUAUUAACGCUACACGUUGAUGAAUAAUCCACAUACGAAGCUUUUGAUAAUUAUUAUUUUAUCUCCAUAUUUAUUUAUCAAUUUUCAUUUAUCAAUAUAUUUUAUAUAUCAAUAAACAAUUAUUGGAUAAAAUUUUUUAUCACAUUACGAUUAUCUAUCGGUGUAUUGUUUAAUAAUUUUCUUCUCCUUCCAGCUUUUCGACGUUAUCUUUUUAUUUUUGUAUUCGCAGUUAGUUAUAAAUGUUUAUCAAACUUUUAUGAGAUACUUUUUAGAUUAAAGAAUUAUUUGUAUCGAGAAAAGCAGAAGAUUGCAAAGGUAUCCAAUAAAACGCAGUGAGAAAACCAGUAAGAUGAUAUUCAGACAAUUUUUAGUAAUUAGAACAAAUUGUAAUAUGGUUAACAUCGUUUCGAUGUAUUGUAAUAUUCUUUGAUUAUUCCGUUGUGUAAUCUCAGACUCGAACCACGUGGUUCGUGCCCAUUCUAAAUUUAUGGAUAAAUCCCUUUAAUAAUUUCACUAUUUAACUCAAUUUAUUCACUUGCAAAUUUAAAAUGUACACGCAAUUAAAAAAAAGAAUAUUAAAAAUAAUAUCAAUUCCCGAAUAAGCUAUUUUCUAAUUUUUCAAAUGAAAAUUAUUCCACUAUUAAGGUAAUUGUUUUGAUUCGAGUUUCUCGCUGCUUCCAAGAUUCGAAGUAUUUCAAGAUGGAGGAACAAGAGUACAUCAAUUGUGAAUUACAAGGAAUGCUGGAGGAAUUCACGAGAAUCAGAGACACGUACCUUGCGUUGAAAUCUUAUUGUGAAAUGCAAGAGGAAGCUACGUCGAUAGAGAAAGCACGUUCCGAAAGGUUACAGAUGAAUUUGGAGAAACUUUCCUCAACUUAUCUGCUUCUAGAAAAUAGAUAUAAGUCUAUCGUUGAAAAAUUGCAGACUGAAAAGGACAAUCUUCGUAAAACAAACGAAGAGCUGAAGGAACAGUGUGAUCAUUUGCGUUUGAUUAAUGCGGAAGAUCGUGGUGGAAACAACAACGAAAUAUGCAAAUUGCAAGACGAGCUGGAAGUUCUAAAAGCCCAAUUAGCGAUGCAGGAAGAGAAACACAACGAGAACAUUGCAUUGUUAAAGCAGCAACACUUUGACGAACUACAGAGAUAUAAAAUGUUGCUGCAGAACAAAAAUGUUGCUGCAGAAGGAAAACAGGCCUCCACAUCUAGAGAAUCUAAAAAGAGAGAACGUCCGAAGAAUUUGGGGAAGAAUAAGAAGAAGGUGUCUUUCUUUAGAUGGCCAGAAUUGGACAUAGAAACAAUCAAUAGCGUGCCAUUGGAGGCGCGCAACGACAAUGAAGCUGGAAAUAGAAACCGUGCUACGAAGAAGAGGAAAUUAUUUCACGAAGACAGAGACAUUAUAAUAGACAUUCCUUAAAAUAGGUAUUUAGCAUUUAUUAUUUCUCAUACGAGACACAACUAUACUACGAUUCGUAUAAAAUACAUUAAUUUACUACGUUUAUAGUAAAUGAAAAGUUAGCUUCUGAUUUUCGUAUACUCGAGUAAAUUAAACUAUGAAUAAUUUUUGGUUCGA